UGCCCAGAGAAAGAGAGGGAGAGAGACACACAGGGGGUUUGGAUUUGAGACAUUUGGUUCCAUUGCCCAGUACUGUCAGGAACCCUGAGCUUCUCUUAAAACUGGUUUGAGAAAGAGGAUCCACCGUGGUCAUUGGGUACAGUACGUGUUGGAGUUUGUUGAGAAGAUCACAUGCUGGCACAGGAGAUGGCAUCAAGGGGGUUGGCAGUGCUGUGUGUGCUGGUGGCUGGCCUUGGUCAGGUCGGGAGCAGUGGCCAAGCGGGCAGGGAGGACCUGAACCCAGCGGCCCUGUAUCCAUGGAGACAGAGGAGCAGUGGGGGUCUGAGCAGGGUGAAGAGGGACUGGAUCAUCCCUCCAAUCAGGGUACUGGAGAACAGCAAGCAAGUCCCUGAAAACCUGGUCCAGAUCAAAUCAGACAAGAUUUUCACUGGAGAAGUGAUCUACAAGCUGGAAGGACCAGGGGUUGACCAGGACCCUAAGAACCUGUUUGAGAUAGACGAUAAAACAGGCUGGAUCAGGAGCAUGAUUCCCCUGGACAGAGAGAAAUACAGAAGCUUCACGCUGAAAGCCUUUGCCCUGUCGCCCAGUGGAGAGAGACUGGAGAAUCCCUCCACCAUUGAGAUCGUAGUGCUGGAUCAAAAUGAUAACCGGCCCAACUUCUCCCAGAAAGAGUUUGCUGGAUCCGUUUAUGAAUUCUCCGUACCAGGCACAUCUGUGAUGUCUGUGACUGCGACUGAUGCUGACGACCCAACCACAGACAACGCUAUCCUGAGCUACUCCAUCAUUGGCCAGGAGAGCAUCCCGCUUCUCCGCAUCAACAAGACCAUGUUUGGCAUCAACAACGAGACAGGGGCCAUUUACACACGAGACGUGGGUCUAGACUGGGAGGUGGUUAAAGGUUUUAGGUUGACACUGCAGGUUGCUGACAUGUCAGGCAUGGGGUUAACCAGUCUUGCGAAUGCAGUCAUACAUGUGACUGACAUCAACAACAACCCCCCACGAUUCUCCCCAGACCAGUACACUAUGUCAGCUGUGGAGAACAAAAUAGACUUUGUGAUUGGCUGGGUCAACGCCACAGACAAUGAUGAGCCAGGGACAGGAAACUGGGAGACAAAAUACACCAUCGCCAAGGGCAACCCCUCUAGGAACUUUGCCAUUCGCACAGACCCUGUGACCAACGAGGGUAUUCUGUCAGUGGUGAAGGCUCUGGACUACGAGUCCCAAGAGCUGUAUACUCUGACUCUGACAGUGGAGAAUGUGAACCCUCUCAGCAUCAAGGCCCCCAAGAACCCUGUAAGCAGUGCCACAGUGGUGGUGACCGUGGUGAAUGAGAACGAGGCCCCACGCUUUAUUAAAGACCCCAUAGAGAUCUUGGUUCCUGAGUCUGUGGACCCUGGCACCGUGCUGGCCAGUAACAUCGCCUACGAUCCCGAUAAUGCAAGACUCAAGUAUGACAUACUCAGGGAUCCUGAGGGAUGGCUUAUAAUCAAUCACGAGACUGGAGAAAUCACAGCCAGGAAACCGUUCAAUGUCCGCUCCCCUCACGUCAAGAACAACAUUUACAAUGCUGUCAUCAGAGUCACAGACACAGAUGCUGGUGGAAUCUCGACCACAGCGUCUCUGGUGAUCACGUUGUGGGAGACCAAUGACUUCCUCCCUCAGCUGUUCCCCCUGAUGGGGACGGUGUGCAGCGAGUCAGGCCGGAAGACAUCUGGUCUGUUCCUGACUGCUGUGGAUGAGGACCUGCCCCCUCAUGCAGAACCCUUCACCUUCCACCUGCAAGACAUUAAUGUGUCUGCCAACUGGACCAUCAUACAGGUCAAUGAGACUCAUGCAGUGCUGCGACCCCUGGUAGAGCUGGAGACAGGGGAAUAUGCUGUCACUGUGUUGGUGACUGACUCUGGCACCCCAAGUCUCAGUGCAUAUGCUCAGGUCAAUGUGACUGUGUGUCCGUGUGGGAAAGACAGUGAAUGUAAGACCGAAGCUGCUGCCAUAUUCGGAACACGAGUUGGUGUCAGCUUCAUCGCCUUACUGGUCAUCAUGGCCAGCAUCGCACUCCUGCUGUUGUUGCUACUCCUGGCUGUAGCCGUGGGUAACUGCAGACGGCAUCAUAUGAAGAAAGGAGAAGGGUUGUUGGUGGGGGAUUCAGACGAAGACAUCCGUGACAAUGUCCUGAACUAUGACGAGCAGGGUGGUGGAGAGGAGGAUGAGAAUGCCUUCAACAUUGACCUACUGAGGAACCCAACAGAUGUGGGACCACUCCCAAUAUCCUACUACCCUCCCGUCUCUGGCAUCCCCAGGGGAAAGCAGCCACUCAGGAAAGACUACCCAGACAACCUGCCCUCCCCCUCGUAUCCACGGAAACCCCCAGCGGACCCCACUGACAUUGAGGACUUCAUCAAUGAUGGCCUGGAGGCAGCAGACCAUGACCCCAACAUCCCUCCCUACGACACAGCUCUGAUCUAUGACUACGAGGGUGAUGGCUCCCUGGCAGGCAGCCUGAGCUCCAUCGCCUCAGCCAGCUCAGACGGCGACCAGGACUAUGACUACCUCAAUGACUGGGGACCACGCUUUAAGAAACUGGCCAACAUGUACGACCCACGCUAAAGGAGACUGCCUGGUUAUUUAGCUACCAGUACAUUUACCAUAGCUUUAUCCUCAGAUGCCAUCUAUUUUCUCCUAAACUCCACCCAACUCCCUAUUCUUCAUCAUACAUCCUCCCUCUUCUUCUUGUAGCUAGAACUUGAGAUCAUCCUCAGUGUAGGACAUGGUAGGAUUUUGACUGAUUGGCAGAAGUUUAGAGUGGAUCUCUGUGUUCCUAUUCCUUUAUUUUUCCAAUUGUCUCCGGCAGUGCAUUAGCUCAAUUCUUUAGGCUCUUUUGACACUACAUAUUGUCCUCCUCCAAUCCCUCUCUUUGCAACUGUAAAAGGUCACCAUUGUCAUUUUCAGGACUAUCAUGGGUAAUGUUGAUAUUCUCCUCCCAGUUCGGCAACUUUCUGACUGGCUUGAUGAGACAACCACACAGCAUUCUGCAACAUAUGAAUGGUUCACCUUGUGCUGAGUGGUAUACGUGUGAAUGGCGAAGGGAGGGAAAGAAAGACAUGGUAGAGCAUACCAAUGAGAGAAGAGAAAUAUGCACUGUAGUCCUCCAGUCAGUCAGUCCAUAGAGUCACUUAAAACCACAGUGGCCUUACCAGUCAGGUGUGUCGUCUUGGAGGUUUCUCUAAUCAUUUUUUGGUUUGUGUUUUGUAGAAAGCUUUAUGUGAGAGGAAUGUAGAGAAAGGUUGACCAUGUACUUAAACAUUGAUGGCAAAAAGGGCUAAGCAUGCUAUAAAGGGAAACAGAACAUCUGUGGAAUUGUACCCACAUCUGGUAUUAACUUUUAAAAUACUGUAUGUGACCUCUACCAUAUGAAAACAUUGAUUUUCUAAAUGCUAGUGUUACGUUUCUUUUUUAUAAAUAUUUUGUACAUAUAUUUUCCAUUUCUUAAUUUAGUUUUCCCCUAACAAUAUUACACCAAUCCUCAACUCCUAAAACAAACUCCACUUGGGAGGUCUAUACACUUUGAUAAUUCUGCCAUUUCAGUUUGACACCUACAAUUAAAACAUUUGAAGCCAAUAACCAAUGCUAUGACAUUUGAGGAGAGACGGCUUGGACAGUUUUCCUUCAAACAUAAUGCAAUACUCAAACUCCUGUGAGAACCAAUGGUUUGGACGUGACAUUUUUGUUUUCUUGAUUGACAUGUAUAAAUUAUAAAUAAAUACUUUACAUAAUACAUAAAAAUGUUUCAAAGCAGUUCUCAUAUUACUAUUCAUUUAUAAAUACUCAAAAUAGAGGACAUUUUCUUGAAGUCAUAUUCAAGUUUGGUAAACAGAACACAAGAUGGCGCUGGCAACUCAAUGACAGUUGAAAUAAAGCUUUAUUUAAACACCCCUGAGCAUCACAGGGAUUUUGGAGCAAAUCACCAUUUUACAACUCAAGGUAGGAUUCUGCCCAUAAUACAAUGAACUGCAUAUCCACUGCAGCAAUGAACAACCUUUAUUGGUACAC